AUGGCGGAUCAACAAAAGGUCGUAAAAAGACGGAAGAAGAAGGAGGUAAGUUAAUCUUUAUUCUAUUCUGUGUGUUUGUUGGAUGGAAGGUUUGUAUGUUAUGUCAUAUUUGGUCGCUGCAGUCGAUGUAGUACGCUGUACCUUCGCUGGGCUUCUUUCAAGCAUGUUUUAUUAUUUUCCGAGUCGCCUUUUUUUCCCACGGACCGACUUUUCAGAGAUUUUAAUCAAGAAAAAACAAAUUAUUCUAUUCUUAGGCACGAGAAGAAAACAAUGAACCAACCAAAGAAGAACAAGAAGUCGGAAAGUACCUCAGAUUCAACUGCCCAUCCAAACCGUCGACGAUGAUGGGUCAAAAAGUCGAAUAUUUUAUCGGUAAAUAAGUACUUAAUAUGUCUUUUUUAUCCCUUCUUAAUGCACAGACGAACAGAGUAGUUUGUUUCUAUUUUUCUCCUCAUGGAAAUAACGCAUAGCCUUAACUAAAGACUGCAUUGUUUUUAACGAAGCAUGAAAGCUUACGUUAAUUAAUACAAGUUGUUCAUUCGAUUCGGAUUGGAGAAAAUUCUUCACUCAUUGUUUCCAGUGUGUUAUGAUCAACGAUGUUGUUGUGUCUCAUCCAUCCCUGAACUCUAUUUACACUGUAUCCGCGUUUUUUGAGUGAGAAAAAUAGCGAGAGUUAAUUAUGUUUUUAAACACUAGUUUUACUUUAUAACAUGACGUGUCCUUUUGUUAAUAGUAGAAUAUACCAUAAAUUAUUAUUUGGUUGGAGGAAAAAAUUGGUUAGAUGCCACGAAGUAAGUGGCAUAGCCUUAACCAUGUGUUGUAGGUUGAAAGUCCGAAGACUUUUCUCGUCCUUAUCGAGGGAGAUGCUAACCUUCUCUCGGCUCAUACAACACAACGCUGGUAAUGUUAUUUUGCGGGUUUUAUUAUGCUUGAUGUUGGUAAUCUUUACCUUGUGGGACAUUUUUUUCUGUGGUCAUCAAAUUAGCUGACUAAAUUUUUCGCUUUAUUAGUCAAUUUCAUGCGUCAAUGAUUGAAAAUAAUUUUAGCAUACUGUUGUUUGUCAGCAUAAUAAAUUUGUUUUGAAAGGGGAAACUCACAUUACUUACAACGUGCAAAGUAAAAAAUACACUUUUAAGACAGGAAGAUAUGCACGAUAAUCAUUUAAUUAUAAUUAUGAAGAAAGGUCAAAUAUCUGUAUCUUACCAGCCUAAUGGAUUUUUUCAAAAGAAUUAAGAAAGGUCAACUAUUGUAACAGCUAAGAUAUCUGACAUUUUCCUGUAAUGGUCCCCCAGGGUCAGUUGAGAGUUAUAUUUAGACAAACAGCUCUCUAAAAAGGACAGCAUAUACUUAUGAGACAAUAUUAUUUACAGACACUUGAAAAAUCACUUCGUCUGUGUUAAAGUGCGGCAGAAAGAAAAGAGGAAAUGUGAGAUAUAUGACAGCAAAUAUCUAGUGAAGACAUUAACACUGAAUUUGGCUCAGAACAAGAGGCUGCAGGAUGAAAAUCUGGUUUCAACACUAAGCAAAAUUUAUUAGUCAGUGAUCUGAAAGAUUCAACUGUAAAAACAAAACUAAACCUUUAUGAACAAUUAUUUUCCCUUCUCCCUGAGAAAGACCUUGCAUUUUCUUGAAUUAGGGCUAGGGGACAAAGGAACCAUAAGAAACAACUUUUAAACCUCUGUAGAUAACAUCUACUAUCUUGCCUUGUUAUUUGGCCUAGUUGUACAAACCUCGGAUAGCACUAUCGAAAGUAUGAAUCACUAUCCAGCGAAUGUUAGGCAGGGGUACCCAUCAACAGUUUUCUGUAAAAUGUCUGUUCAGAGAAGUUUAAAUUUCCUAAAACUUUUUAUACCUCGUGGAAGGCUAAAAAUUUCUACAUGACUGUUACAUUCAUGUACAAUUUUCGAAACUUAUUUAAAAAAUUGCCUAUGAUUUUCUGAAGUUUAAUUAUUUGCAGUUCACACCCCAGGUUAAGUUAUUUUUCACAGAAAAAGGAAACCUAACAUUUUCGGAUUCGAAGACGCGAUGGAAAAAGGAAUUAGAAAAAUUCUUACUUUCGAAAAACUUUAAAUUGCAUCUAAAAUUUUCAGGAAAAUAACACUGAAGCCUUGGUAAUUUCGAAAAUACUCAAUUUGCCCUAGGAUGACCGAACAGAUUUAAAUUUUAUAGCGAUGAUUAAAAUGUAUUUCUACAGACCUUAAAGUACUCUGGAUAGCCUAAAAACCAUUUUCAAGGCAUUUAGGAGGAAACCAUGGUUGGGUGCCGCUGAUUAAGGAAACCAAUAAUAUUAUGAUAUCUUGUAGAUAGCGUUAUCCACCUUUGGAACAACUGGGGCCUGGAGUUAAAGUUUCCUUGACUCUGUAUACGACGGACACCACUCUGCCCCUGUUAGUCACUAGAGUCUCAACAAUAUUAAUUCAUCAUCAAGUAGAGAAGUUAUGAGAGUGAACAAAAUGAUCACCAAAGGGAAAAUACUUUGAUCUUCUAUUUUAAUAAUUCUCAUAACCUUUUGACUGAUUUGAUUAUUUAUUGACAUUGUUUGGAGAAAAUUGAUGUUGGUCGCUCUCGGGUGUUAAAGGGUAGUAAAUAAAUGUAAUAGAAGAUCUUUUUGGAUGAAUUUACGUUUCUGGGAAACUGUCCACCUACCCUUCCCGUAAGGUAACAUUAACACUCACCCCUCAUCUAGGGCAAAAUGUUAGCUCAGGGGAGGGGUAGGUGGGCAGUUUCCCAGAAGCUUAAAUUGAGCCAUCUUUUUUUUAAUUAGCUGCACUUUUAAACUGUUUGCGCAUCUUCUGAUCAUUUCUAUGGACAGAAUUUUCUAAAGAAAGUUGUAUCCUGCUGAUUUUACAUUUAUUUGACUAUAGUUGUAUUCAACUGGAGUUGUAUUCAUUUGACUUUGUGAUAGGUUCAAAAGCAGUUGAUUGUUUAAUGGAUUCAAAAUGGGCAUCAGGCAAAGGAGGUGCUGAGAUACUCUUUACUGAUCGUGUAUCAGUGGAGUUAUAUUUAGACAGGUGAGCAUGAAUUUGUAAUGUAAACCAUCACUGUAGAACCCCAAUAUUUCAAACUAGGCAGGGUGCAAAGAAACUCUUUUUUACAGCUUGCCAUUCGGGCAAGCUGAAGCUAGCAUUUACUAGACCAGACUUCAUUUCAACUAGCCCCAAAAGCUUUUUGACAAGCAGAAUUGGUUUCACAGUUCUUCUGUUAUUUGAAUUCCUCAAAAAACAUCACUUGCCCUUCGGGCAAGUUAAAAACAGAAUUCACUAGCCCAAUAGCAAAAUCCACUAGCCCCGGGCUAUCGGACACGACUUUCUUUGCAUGCUGCUAGGUUAUAGUGUGACCAGAAAGACCUGGAACACUUGAAAUAUUUCAAGAAUGUUUAUUGUGUUAAGACCAAUCACAGCAGAGAUCAGGACAUGUAAGCAAGCCACAAAACCACAAACUAAUUAACGUUCUUGCUUGCAGUGUGGUUUUCUCAUGCCUGAUUGACUUUUUUAUUGCAACACAAUAACAUUCCAGAAAUAUUUCUGGUGUUCACAGUUUUCCCGGUUUGACUGUAACACAAUCUCUUAUCAAAUUGAACUUAUUGUGUGUGAUAUGGUUCCACUUUUCAUUUUCAUUUUCAUUGGUUUACUUUGAUAGUUUACAUUGAUAUGCAGUUGACUUCAGAUAAUUCAAACCUUCUUGGGAAGUCGACUUGUUACGCGCUAAAAAAAUGGUUCAAUUUAUCGAGGGUAAAAUGAUAUAGAAAUGAUCUGAGGGGAAACAAAAAUCACUUUGUGUUAGCGGGAGGUUCAAGUUACCAAGGGGAAAAUGUACAGUAAAUGUAUGACAGAAAUCCAGAGGAAAUCAUCUUUGGUUCAAAUUAAUGCAAGGUUCUAUUUAGAGAGGGUUUGAGUUCAGUAUCAGGAGUCAACUGUAGCUGACGUAUAAUACUCUUUAAACAAACAAUAUUAACAGCAUCACAAAUUAUCAUUUCAAUAUGACUGCUUGGUAUGUGUGAGUUAGUGUGACAUUUUACUUUGGUUCCCUUGCUGCUUCAGGUGUACGGUUUUGCAGUAACAUGAAAUUCCAAAGAAAAGGCUGGGCGAUUUUGCAUAAAAAAGGGAGAAAGAAUGCAUGGAGCUCCACUAUCUCGAUGCCAAAAAUAAUGUACAACAAACCCCCAAAUGGUCACAAACCUGCUUUUUAACAAAGAACACAUUUUUUUAGGGCCCUCAAUGAAAAGGUUACCCCCUUAUACAGGUUAUGAAACUGCCCUGCUAAACUUAAAUAUUCUUGUACAUAUAUAUCAUGUCACUUUUAGGUUGCUGAUUUUGAAUUUCUUUGAGCGUGUUGUGCGAAUCAAAAAAGUGAAGAAAAGUGAAGAAGAAAAGAAAAAAGAGAAAGAAAAGGAAGAGCAACGUUCAAAAGAGAAAGAGGAAUCAGACAGUAAAAAAACUAAGAAGAAACAAAAGAAGGAAGAAGGAAAAAAGGUUAGCUGUGAUUUGCAUGGUAUCGUCAGUACAUAAUCCAGACUUAGUUAAUCGGUAAGAAUCGAGAUAGGAAAUCAAUCGACAUCAUCGAUGUUAAUCGAUUUAAUCCGUUGAUUUAUAUGGACUGAUAUCGAAAAUCGAUAGAAAUCCAAGUCACAGCUGAAACAAUAAUUUAUCAAUUAUUAUCGAUUAACACAAUUAAUAGGAAUCAAUAGUAAUCGAUUUGACAUAAAAUCAUCAGAGAAUUCUAUCAGAAAAUCGUCGACUGAUAUUAAUCGAAGUCACACCUCUUUUUCUUUCUUGAUUUCUAUCGAUCAAUAUCAGAAAUCUAUAUUCAUCGAUUGUUGAUAUCGAUUACUAUUGAUUAAUACUGAUUAUCGGUUUAUCACUUAACUACGUCUGGACAUAAUGUACCGUUUUGGUGUAUUCCUCAGUUGGUUCAUUGUUGUACAAAACAAGUUGUACAUAGUCUUAGUUUUAAUGAAUGACAGUUCAUGAUUUGUGGAGCGGGGAGUGAGAAAAUACAUGUAUUUUUAAUAGUGGGGGCAGAGUGGCUGAGUGGUCAGCACAUCAAUCUUGCAAUCCAGCGGUCCCUAGUUUGAGUCCUGAUCUGGUCACUUGCUUGAUUUGUUCUCAGUCAUCCUAAGUUCAAACCCUUGGCCACGCUUGAUUUGUUAUCAGGCUAGUGGACUCUGUUCUUAUCCUGCUCAACGGGCAAGCAAAGAUUCAAAUUAACAGAAGGACUGUAUUCAAUGCUGCUAGUCAAGAAUUUUUUUCUCACUGGUUAAAAUGACUCUUGGGCUAGCACAUGCUAGCUACAGCUUGGGUAAGCUGUAAAACUGACUUUCUUUACGCCCUGCUCUGAGGCUGAAAUUUGAAAACCAAGUAAGCACCCCCUUCAAAUAUGCCACCUAUUCUUGUCUCAUAAAAUUAAAUACACGUAUAAGUGCCUUAGGCACAAAUUCACACAUGUACAGUAACCCUAUAAGCUCAUAACCCUGUUUUUUUAAAAUUAAUUUCAAGGUUGAUGAUGAAAGCGGAGAAGGAAAACAAAAAGUAAGAAAUUUCCUUCUAGCUGUAUUUUGUCUAUUUAACUAAUUGCUACAAUAUAUAUGUGCUUUCUAUUUUCAGUAAUAAAUAUGUGGAUUGCAUAGACCUUUAAAAACAACAUCAGGUCAUUGAAUAGUCCAUGAAUUUGGAAAAUUUAGGAAUUGUUCUCAGAAAAGUCCUUGAAUAUCUUCCACACACCUUCAAUCCUCUUGAGAAUACAGUCUUCAAUUUUAUUAUCAUUACUGUGCAAGUUUUUAUGUACAUUUUGGUGGUGACACCUAGAAAAUAUGUACAUCCUUUGCAUUUUUCAGCAACUGAUAAUAGGAAAUUAAUACCAGUUUUGGGUUGGUAGUUGCACAUGUCCUUUCAAGACAUCAAUUACACAAGAUUUCUACAGUUCAGCACUUGUGUCUAUUUGUGUAGAAACCGAGAGCUUAAGAAAUGAAAUUUGUCUAUGAAGAGUCUUGAAAGAAGAGAUUCAGGUCUUUAUGAACUAUGAUAUUUUAUCAUUUCUUUUUUGUUUUGCUUUAGGCAGCUGAGAAAAGCAGCCAAGGUGAAGGAAAAAAGAAACUGAGAAAGGUUUGCGUUUACCUUAAAGGUAGCCUGCGUAGUAGGCGCGCAGAAGAAAGAACUGGGUGCGCAAGAGAGAAAUGCGAGGGGAGAGGGAGCAUGUUCCCUCGCUUGUCUCCCUCCCGUGUCCCGUUCUUUCUUGCGCCCAUCACUUCCAAGCCUACCUUUAAAGGAGCUGUGUCAUUAUUUCUAAAUUAAAACGUUGGGAACCUCUACAAAACUGAGUGAAACAUUAAGUUCACUACUUAGAACAUAAAAAAAAGUUACAGUUGUAUGAAUAACACAGCAAAUACAAAAGGAUAAACAGAUGGACAAACUUUAAUCAGAGCAUUGAAACGGAUUGCAAUUGUGCUUUUUUUGAAAACCUGUUAGCCUAACAGUUUUGAUAUCAGUACUACUUGGGAGACAUAUUUCUUUGACACAAAGCUGUGAAUUUGCCAUUUACGGGUAAUGGGCCAUUUGCACGAUGGCAUCAUUUUACUACUAUGACCAGAAUCCUUCGGGGUAUUGCUUUCUUGUGCAAAUUAAGGCUUUUGUUAUCUAAACAGCCUCCUGGUUAGCUCAGUUGGUCUGCCAAGCACAAGUCAUGGGUUCAAACCCCAGCCAGACCAACACUCAGGGUCUUUAAAUAACUGAGAAGAAAGUGCUGCCUUUGUAAUAAAUGAGAUCUUCAAAUGGUUAGACUUUCUUGUCUCCUCAGAUAAGGAUGAGAAACCAUAGGUCCUGUCUCACAACACUUUCACUGAUUUGUUCUUGUGGGAUGUAAAAAAACCAACAUCACUAUUCAAAAAGAGUAGGGGUCAUAGACGCUGGUGGUGUUUUCAACCUUUACAGGUUGUGGGAUUGGGUACGGGUGGCACCUCGCAUGGGACCCAUGAGUUCCCUUCGAGCCUAUCCCCUCUGGGCAGUUCUGUGUCCAGAAAAGCUGGUAAAAAAAAACCUCACUGGGACUACCCAAUUUAAAGAUGAAAGGGAAAAACGACAUGAAUUCUGGUCUUAGUAGCAAAAAGACAUUGUCGUGCAAAUGACCCAUUUCUCAAGUUCCAAAGUGAAUAAGGAUGCUUAAUUGGAAUUAUUAACUAAAGUAACCAGGCAACUCUGUCACAGCCCCUCUAAUGACAACUUUUAUACAAAUUCCACGUACUGAACUAACUGAACUUGUUUAAACCUCUUCCAUUAAAAGGGGGCAGUCUGGUUAAAAGCAUUAUUUUUCGUUGAUUUCCACCCUUUUUCUUAACUAUCUAGCCAAGAUUUCAUUCAAUCAAACAAUGACUCAAUUGAGUUGGAGUCCUUAAUUCGAUAAUUUUUUGAGAAUUUUUGGAUGAUUUUUCGAAUGUUUUUAAUGGAUAAAAACUAGUGGGGGGGGGAGGGUGUUUGAAAUUUUAGAAAAAUUGGAAAAUAUUGGGUUUGGUGGUUGUUAAAAAUUAAAAUAUGAAGUGAAGAAGUAGUAGACAAUUACCAGAUAGCCCACCACCACAACAAGAUGCCUCUGAUCCCAUCAGCGCACUAACUGGUUUAUGUGUACACCGUUUCUACGCUAAUUUAUUUCCUUCCCAAAUCAACAUCAUUUCCCCCAAAAAAACAACCGUAAUGCCCCCUUAAAUGUGUGUAAUAGUUUUCUACUUUGUUUGUUUAAGGUGAAAGUAAAGCUGGAACCACAUGAGGAACAGAUCUUUGUGGAUGAUGAUGAUGAGGUAAGUUUGAGUUGCAUGUACCUACAAUACCGUCCUUGUUUUAUUGUCCUUAAAGUGUACCUCUUUAACCCAGAAAAAAUUUAAGUUCAGAAAUAUGAUUUCUUCUUGUACCAUUCGUUUGAAUGGUCACAUAAGCCAUUAGCGUAUCCAGGGGAGGGGCCCGGGGGGCCCCCCCCCCUCCCCCUCGCCCCUUUUUUUGGACUAAACUGGAGCCAAAAGGGCUGAAAAAAAUUUUUUGGGAGACUGGGCCCCCCCUUAUCUAAGGAUCUGGAUGACCGGCCCCCUCCCCCCACGUUAUCUCAAGGUCUGGAUCCGGCACUGCAGGCUGACUGUUACUAAAAUUUCAAAAUUUCUGUCUGAAUGCAUUUAGUGUGUGGAGAUUUCAACAGCUAUGAGGUUCUUUUGGUUUUAUUUUCCCUUUUGUGUCUUAUGUAGGUAGCCAGGGGUCAUCCUCAUGAUAGUCGGGGGAAAUCCCACGUCUGUAAUGACUGCCCUGGUCACACCUUAGGUACCUUGGGUGCCAGAUACUUUUUAUGCACGGUUUUUGAUAUCAGUGAGUCAAGUCUUGUAGUUACGCGUGCUUCGCCGCUCGUGGCUUUGGUAUCGGGUGCUUUCGCCUGAAGGUCGAUUCUCUCGAUAGCAGUUCGCCCAGACUAAGUCGAUUCGCCCGAUUUGUAUUUGUCGUUCUUUUGUCAAUCCUGAGAAAAAGGAAUAAGCAUGAAAAGACAGUGACUACACGUGUGGAAUCCAAGGGUCACUAAAAUAACAUCUCAGAGAAGUCGAUUCACCAUGUUGUAGAGUGUUGUAUGUCAUCGGGCGAAUCGAUUUAAGUCGUAGCGAACGCCUUCAAGCGAAACGACUGCAAUUCGUGGCUUUGCCUGCGGCCGAGAACGUGUCGACAUGUAGCCGACGCUGAAGCAUCUCCACCGCACGUGAGAAAAAAUCUCAGGUACCCAGGGUACACGUUAGGAUUUUAUCUGAACAGUAAAGGAUCUAACUCUUGAGUCUCUGGACAAAAUUUAGUGAUGUGGGUGAUAAUAAUAGUAAUUUUAGUGAAUAAUAAUGAUGAAGAAGAAAAUCCUGUAUUUAUUUACUUACAGUAUUGCUUAAACUCAAAUAGAAGUUUUAGAAAGAAACUAUCGCAGUCUACCCUGCAUGAGCGUAAGAAAUCAUUUUUAUCUUUCACUUAGGCGUAUGUUUGGAUCUUUGACCCCAUCCAUCCCAAGACUUUUGUCAUGGGAGUAUUGGUUGGUAAGUUUUAAGAUUAAUCAGUCAAAGAAGCAACCUGUCUUGUUGCAACCUCCAUCCCAAGCUUUUUUUAGCCAAUCAGUAACAGAUGAAUGUGCAAGGGAUUAAUUCAACCAAUCAGAAGUUGAAAUUUACAUGUACAAGGUAUUUAGCGCGGAAAAAUACGCGUCAGCAGUCAACUUGACCAAUCGGGUUACAGGAAACUAACAAUGCAUCUCGAGAAAGUUGUUAAAGUAAUUAGAGUCUCGUAAGAAAGCAAUAAGCUGCUCAAAGCUUAAAAUCUCAAUAGAGAAGGAAAAUAAUGACCCCGGGGGGGGGACUCCCAUAUGAAACAGACGGGGAUGCUCGUCGUCUCGCUUAGGGGUGUAAAUUUUGGAUUUUGGUCUCGCUUAGGGUGUUCCGGGCAAAGUGCCAAUAUUUUAAGCCGCCAAGGUCUCGUUUAGGGUUCCGCGAAGAACUUGAGAUUUAUGACAAUGCUUUUAAAAACUACUUUUAGAUAAAAGCAUUCGAUGAUUAUGUCUUUAUAUCAUUAAAACUCAUUGCAUGUCAUAUUUGUGUGUUUUUAAGCGUCUCUUUUAGGGGUCACAAUUUGCUUAAGCCACGCCCAGAUUGGUCUCCUUUAGGAGUCACAAAAAGCUAGAGCCACGCCCAGAUGGUCUCCUUUAGGGGUUAAAUUCAAAAUUUCUGACGAGCAUCCCCAUCUGUUUCAUAUGGAAGUCCCCCCCCCCCGGGAUAAUGACGUCACAAAAAACUUAACUUUUGAAAUUAUGGGCUUAAUUACCGUAUCCAGAAAGAUCAAUACUGUCGUUAUGUUGGGAGCUUUGUUAUUUAGUUGUUCGUUCUGAAGAGGUUUAACUGUACUUGAAGUGUGUAAGUCGUAGGCCGUUUAUUCCGUGUUAAUUACAGAUGUGUCAUUUACUCAACAGUUAUAGCGACAAUCGCCAUCUGCUUGUUUCCUUUAUGGCCAUAUAACAUCAGGGAAUAUGUCUGGUAUCUGAGUGUCUUCGCUGCCGCUCUGGUUGGCUCCAUUCUUGUACUUGCUGUCUGUAAGUUUCUUUUAUAAUCAUUAUCAUACCUUUGUGUUCCCUAUUAAACUUUGGCCUGAGGGUUGCCACUCAUCAGAAAGUUAAGAAUUCCUUGAUUUUUCCCUGACUUUUCACUGACCUUUUAUUAAUGAGAAACAGUGGAUGUUUACAUUCGCUUUAGCUUGUUUUGUAGGCCAUCGAUAUUUUUCUCUUAAUUUUUAACCUCUUUCCUUUUUUUGCUGAAAGAGGAAGAAGGAAUUUGGAAGAAAUCAUUCACAACAAAAACCACUGACCACGACUACUACAUGCAGUGUCAGGCGUAAAGUGUCAAAUGAAUGGCUUUGCUUGCUUGCAGUAUACUCUUCAUCUUUCCCGAAAGAAAAUGCAUUUUAAAGUCUCAGAGAUAACUUAUGGACUAUAAACCGGAAAACAGAGUUCCCUGACUUUUCACUGACUUUGACAAUAUCAAAGAUUUUCCCUGACUUUUUAGAAAAUUCCCUGACCUUUCCCUGACCUUGAAAAAUUUUCGUUUUCCCUGACUUUUCCCUGACCGUGGCAACCCUGUUUAUUAUCUGAACAAACGAUUCCAUGUGCCACAAACGCGGUAUCACCAAAUGUUAGGGAAUCCAAGACAGUCUUGGAUUCUGGACUCCUAGCUGUGGAUUGUGGAUUCCUUUCGCUGGAACUUGGAUUGCCUAUUCCAAUCGUUUGCGGGAUUCCAGAUCCUUUAAGCUGAAUUCCGGAUUCCAAAGCCCAGGAUUUCCAGAUCCCAGAAGCAAAAACAGGGCUGUCAUUAAGGGUCGGGGGCCGGGGAUUUCCUUCGGCUUCCAUGAAUAUAACCCCCGGUUAUUUCCAUAAGAAAAUAGAAGAAAAAUAGAGGCAAACGAAAUCCCUAACUGCUUGAUUCCCCGCCUACUUGUUGUAUUUACCUGGUAACUUGAAAUCCAGGACUCCGAAAUCCGUAUUACCUCGCUUGGGGCAAGCGGCAGGACCAGUUCAGUUAGUAGGGCGCUUGACUGCAGAGCAGGAGCUCGCAGGUUCGAUUCCUGGGACUUGACCAAUAAUAAGGGUCUCGCAAUAAGUUAGAAAUGUUGUACUGCUUUUGCCAUGCAAACAGCUGGAUCUUUGCAUGGCUCGGAUGGCCAUAAAGUGGCGGACCCAAAAACGGCAUUGUCCUUAUUUAUUACUUUCUUACUAAACACAGUGACACUCGAGUAAAGUGCGUUUUUUUUAUAUGCUUUUAUUCUUACGGAAACUGAGUGACAUAACAUCCAUUGCGGGAGACGUUUUAUCGGAAGGAGGACUGGGUUUAAAAAUUGUUUGGACGUAAAAUCGUUGGGUACAUACUGUUUCUUUUUCUGUUUGUUUUGUGAUUGUCUUUGAAUUCAAAUCCCGUUGAACGUCCGUUUUUUGUUCAGAGCUUUCCUCUCAAAAUUCUCCUUUGCGAUAGCGAAAAGGCAACCGCGAAUUCUUCAGAACUGAUAUACUUUCUGUUUUGCGUUUUCUUUACAGUGCGGUACGUGUUCUUUGCGAUCGUGUGGGUGUGCACAUGGGGGAAACAUCACUUCUGGCUUUUACCAAACCUUACAGAAGAAUGCGGCUUUUUCGAAUCGUUUGUACCACUCUACACGCACGAAUUUAUGGGAAACAAGGACGAAGAUAAACCGGCAGAAAACGAAAAUGAAAAUGUUGACGAGAAAGAUGACGAAAAAGAAGAAGGGGAGGGCAAAAAGGAAGAAAGCAGCGAAGACAAAGAUCACACUGAGAAAGAACCUUGGGUAAAGUUAACGGAAGAAGAAGUAGCGACAGCAAGAAGCGAAGUGGACAAGGAAGUUAAAGCGUCGGACGAAACGUUAGCUACUGAAGUCAAAUGCUAA